AUGUGGCUUGUAGCGAAUGAUAUCAUAAUAGGAGUUACCAUAGGAUCAUUUCUUAUCAAUAAUAGUGAGUACGUGGCAAAUAUCUUAUUGAAGGACUAUCUUGAUCAUUAUACUAUUGAAAAUUUAGUGUCAAUGAUUGAAUGGUUGAUGGGUUGGCCAGCGGGCCUGAAAUUGAACAGUGAGCUCGAUAAAUUCUUGGGUGAACUCUUUCUUUGGUCAAUUGAUUUGUGGAAAG